UCCCUGGCUCCUGUCCUGAUGUCAGAGCCAGCCAAGGCAAGAGAAGUAUUAACAGGAUUCCAGGGGCUUGAUGAAAGUCACCCCCAUUCUCUGGAAAAAGGCAGACCCACCAGUUCCCAUCGAUCAGCUAACAAGCCCAAGGGUAGGCUGAGGAACUGGGUGGGAAAAGACAGGGCCCCUCCUCCCCCAACAAACACACACCUGGUUACUUCUGCCUUCUUCUGGCUUUUUAAUUUCUGGUCCCACUUUCUUGCUACUUAGUCCUCAGGAAGAAUUCUCAGCCCCUCUCUCAGGAUCUCUGGCCAUUUGCCCUGCCCAACACCCAUGUUUGGAGGCCCCAUAAAGCAUGGAGGUAAGUCAAAGCCACCUGGACAGCCAGAGUAGACACGUGGGGCCUCCUGCCUGGCCUGAGUGCCUGUACAGCCAGUCUAUUGGCAGAUGAUCCCCGCCCUACUAUAUGUCACUUUGGUCUCUUACCCCAACCUAGAACCUUUUUUAGCACCAAAGGCUUUGCUUACCCGUCCUGCUGCCACUGGGCAUGUACCACAGGACUUAGUUUCCUUAGUACCAUGUCAGUACAGUCCCUUGAUAGGUAACACUCACCCCUUGUCCCCAGGACUAUGUGAAUAGCCAUGCUUCUCCUGACUUUCUUAGACUCGGGAGGGCCAGGACAGGACUGAAGCCUGAUUUGGCAGAUGAGAAAGCUCCGACCUCUCAAAAUCUUGGCCACCGUGCUCCAUGCAGAGUGAGCUGCUGAGGAAGACAUUGUAGUUUCAUCUGGACUCCGCUCCAUCCACACUUGCAAGGGGAGGGGAGGGGAGAGCUGGUUUGCUUCUGCCGUGCCCUCCAUGCAGCUGCAGGGUGAGAUGGACCUGGACUGAGCUUCCAGCCGGAGCAAGGUCUUUCUUGAGAGCCUUGGGCCUGAUGAUUGGGACAUCCCUACUCCAUGGAGGAGGGAAGAAGGCUUGUGAAAUUGUACCAGGCUCCCCGAGGCCACGCACAGCAAGCCCUGCCAGCACCCAUCUGAGCCAGGUUGCAAGUGACUCAGGGCUGGGAGCCAGCAGCAAUGGGAGCCAAGGGUGGAGUGGGAGCCACAAGCAGGUAUAAGGGGGUGGCCAGGGAGUCAGCCUCAUCCUUAACACGGAGAACAUGAGGCUUCUCUUCUGGUUCCUUCUGGCCGUGGUCUUGAGCAUGGAGCUAGGUGAGUUGGGGGCGGGGAGGGUGGCCACUUUUUCUACUGCCCUUACUUGUCACUGUCCUUCCAGCCUGGGCCACCACUCACCCUUGGGGGUACCCCUUUCUUGUCCCCUCUUCUCGUCCUGGGCACCAAGACCCUCUCUACCCACCAGCUUCUGGAUGAUGAGGGAUUGGGAAGCUGGGCUACAGAGACGUGGGGCUGGCGGAGAAAGGAAGCAGGGUGCUGGGUACAAGAGUGGGUGUCACCCUCUGCAGAAGUUGCUCACCGGCUGCCCCUCUCUCUGUCUGCCUGUAGCUGUAACACAGGGCAUGCGGUGCCACCUGUGCAAGGGCUUUGGAGGAUGUUCCAAACCGUCCAACUGCCCAAGGAGCUCCACCCACUGUAUCAUCAUUGGCACCCGAUCUCCCAUCAGCUUUACAGACCUGCCUCUGGUGACGAAGAUGUGCUACAAUGGCUGCCCUGAGGUCUCCAAACUGGGCUUAGGCCCUCAUGUGUCCCUCGUGUGCUGCCAGUCCAAUCUCUGCAACAAGGACUGAUGACACUCCGUCGCUACCAGCUGGCCCCACAGAACCAUGCCCAGACCUGAUCCUUGGAGGUUAUUCCAACCUGGCCAGCCCAAAGCACCCUACCCCAGACUCUUACUUCCUCCGGAAGUUCUAAGUGAAGUCCUGUGUGAAUCCAUGGGGGUACAAACUUAAGGCCCUAAUUCACUGUGGGCCCCUCUCAGUGUCAACGAAUCUCCCAAUAAAAAGCAGCUGGAUCACAUGG